AUGGAUCCAUUCGCAGCGCUCGAUGACGACAAUGACAUCAUCACCACGAUAUCCAUCGUCCAAUCCGAGCUGCAUUUUCAUCCUAGCAACUCUUGGAGCGACAUGAUUUGCAUGAAACACGCUCAAAGACUACAUACAGCAACACCUCACGUCUUAAGACGAAAUUGCCAACUUUUCUCAACGCAGCACCAGCUACGGCGAAGCUCAUCGGAGCCGGUCAAGAUGAGUUGGAUGGACAGCUGGAGUCGACCCUCCAAAUCGCAAGCAACCCCAGCACCCUUCUACUUGUUGCCCGGAGGCGAGGCAACUCCCUACUGUCACUCUUGCGGCAGAGUGAUUAGUACGAGACGAAAUACCGCGACAGCAAAUACCAAUACGCCAGCCAAGUACUGCUCUAGCCGAUGUCGCACACAGAAGCCUGGAAAACUGGACCGCGAGCUGGAAAAAGCUUUUGUGAAAUUAUUGACAGCCGAAGAGAGCACAUCAGACGAGGUCAAAAAGCAGGGAAAAGGUGGCAAGCAUAAGAAAGGGAAGAAUAGCAAAGGCGACAAUCGUAUCUUGGUACCCUGCAGCGCAGCAGAGGAACUCGUCUUUGGACCGAGCCGAACGUCAAUGGAGGGAGAAAUCGAAGAACAUGAUCACAGCGACGAGGAGGAAAUGAAUGAAACGGAACAAAAGCAAGCGACAUCGGAACCCCGAUCAUCAGAAGAUAUGGACCUCUUAGGCAACAUCAAAGACGACAAUCACAUCGACGGCGACGUCCUCGCUCGCAUGUCAGUCCGCAGUGGCACUCGCAUUCGUCCACCACAAUCCGUCUCCGAAGUCAACGGCAGCGUCGGAGGCGAAAAAGGCCGAUCAGAACGAAUCCACGAAACAGACGCGAUGCUCGAGAAGCGAAGACAGGGACAGAAGCGCGCGAAGGAACGGGAAAUGACAAAGUGCGCCGCACGACGCGGUGUUAUUUUUGGGUUCACUGUCAGCGACGCGGGCGAGAAGCGACUCUGCGAAGCAGUGAUGGCGGGAAAGAUCGUAGAACCGAGCUUUGCAAAGGGGGACUGGGCGAUAAGAUGGAGAGAAUGA